ACGAAACAAUAUUAUCAGUGAAUUGCCAUUGGCCGAAUAUUUUUGUGUACUGUCUAAUGAUUGGUUCUCGUACAUCGAGUUUCCUGAUUGGCCGCGUUCGGGCAAAUUCAAGUUCAAAUAAAUGCAGCAGAUGUUAUUUGACCGUUGGAGGCUGUGGUGUAAAAUAGUCGUUUGUUCUCGUUCUGUGACGGUAUUACGAUUCGUUUGAUUCUCAUUGUACAUAAAUAUCACCAUAAAAAACAUGUACUCUCAUGUUAAAUAAUAUUGUUAUGAAACUAUUAGGUAAUUCAACGGUAAACAAAUAGUUGAUAGACGUGCUACUGCGAGGGAUUUGAUUGUGUUAUUUUGUGAUAGUUCGCAAACGAGCGUGGUUUGACGAAGCAUGAACAGGUAGAAGAGGAAUAGUCUAAUAAUAAUAAUAACUAAAUACAGCCGAAAGUUUUCGUUUUUGCAUAUGCAGUCACGGUUGCCAAAGCCGAAAAUCAAUUUGUCAAGUGUAAUCAAUAACACGGUAAACCCUAGCUUGGAGAAGAACGACCAGAACAUGACAAAGAAUCAAAAUGACCCGACGCCUCAUGGAAGUUCCAACGGCGUUUCUAAAAAAUUGGAGAAGGCUCAAAGCACGAUGAAUAUCACAAAGUGUACAAAUGAAAAUAAAGCUCCAUCGGCCAAGCAAACUUUUACCAGAUCAAAGACCAUGUCUUCCAUUAGUACUAAGGCCUUAAAGAGACCAGCCAUUGCUCCCAUUGCAAAUGUAGAAACCAAGAAACCAACUUUUGCCAAACCACCUAUUAAAACAACAAUUACACAACGAACUGGUGCUACAUUGAGAAAUAACGUUACCAACAAAUCUAGUCAGAACACUGUGGCGCAAAAGGUACAAAGUACUAAUGUCACCAAACCUUCAAAGUGGGACUUGAGGGGACAAUUGGCCCACAAGAGUGACGAAUUAUCUAACGUACGACAAAAGUACAAGGAAACCAAAGCAGAAAACGAUGAACUUCAAGAGGAGGUCAACACGUUGAAAGCAAAUGAAAAUGUUUAUAAACUGAAGGCAGAGGAAUAUGAAAAUCUGAAUAAGACAUUGGACAAUGAGCUGAAAGAGUUAAAAGUAGAAAUGAAUAAAUUGCAGGAAGAGAAAGAAAGUUUGACAGAAUGUCUAAAAGAAUCAGAGAAAUCGUAUAAAAAUGUUUCAGAUAUGUUGGCAGACAUUCGACAAAGAUGCUCCAGUCAAGAGUUGCUACUGUCCAAGCACGAAUUGGUAAUAGAAGAUUUAAAAGCUAGUUUAGAAAUUGAGAGGAAGAUGAAUAAGGAGUUGAGCGCAGUUAAAAGUGAUUUACAAACAUUGGUUCACACAAUGGACAAAGAUCGUAGAGUUCUCCAUAAUGCAAUACAAGAAUUGAAAGGAAAUAUCAGGGUAUUUUGCAGAGUUCGUCCUAGGACUCCAAACGAACUUGGAAAAGUGAUGUGUAAUAUGAAUUUCGUGGAUGAAUGUACUAUUGAAGUGGGAAAAUUUGAUGGAUCUGAUUCAGUUAGUUGUAGUGGAAGGCUAAGGGCAACUAAGCAAGAAUUUUCUUUUGACAAGGUUUUCCCACCAACUGCUAGUCAGGCAGAUAUUUUUGAAGAAUUAGCCAUGUUAGUUCAGUCUGCCUUAGAAGGAUAUAACGUCUGUGUGUUUGCAUAUGGCCAGACUGGUUCUGGUAAAACGUAUACCAUGGAAGGUUUACCAGGCCUUGAAAAGGAAGGCAUGAUACCUAGAACAGUGAGACACAUAUUCCGAGAAAUGAAAGAAUUUCAAUUGCUUGGCUGGGAAUAUCGAAUAGAAGCAAGUUUUCUUGAGAUUUACAACGAGCAUAUUGUCGACUUGCUCGAUUCUCAACCAAAAACUCAUGAAAUUAGAAUGGCUGAUAGUAAGGGACACGAUUUGUAUGUCAGUAAUCUCAGAGUAGAGGAAAUUAAUAGUCCUGAAGAACUGCACGAGUGUCUUUUAACAGCACAACGUAAUAGAGCAGUUGCGGCUACUCUGUCAAACGAACGCUCGUCAAGAUCACAUUCAGUAGCAAGAAUAAAACUUAUAGGAACACAUCAAUCAAAAGAAGAGGUUUCGGUAGGAAAUCUGAACUUAGUUGACUUAGCGGGAUCUGAAAGAUUGAAAGGAGAAGAAUCGUUACGAUUGACAGAGACAAAAAAUAUUAAUAAAUCGCUGGCAAAUUUAGGCAAUGUUAUUCUGGCUCUUUUAAAAAAGCAGGAACACAUUCCGUAUAGAAAUUCGAAGCUUACUCAUUUAUUAAUGCCGUCUUUAGGUGGCAAUUCAAAGACUUUAAUGUUACUGAACGUAUCUCCUUUAGACGAAUGUUAUAACGAAACAUUAAAUUCAUUAAGAUUUGCUAGCAAUGUGAACAAUUGCAAACCAGGUAAUGCAAAAAGAACGCGAUUAGUUUUACAAAAUAGCGCAUGAAGUUUUAACAAAUAAUAUUUUUAUUACACUUUAAGAUUACAAUUUCAUAUCCUUUUUAA